CGCCCCGCGCCUGCGCACUGUGCGUCCGGCCGGCGGGCUGCGACCUCCUCUCCCCGAGCGAGGUUCAGGCUCCCGCAGCCCCUUCUCCGGCCACGUCCUCGCAAGUCUUCGCACGUCCCCGGGGCCCUGUCACUCGGUGCCCGCGCGGGGACUGAGGUCGGAGGGAGCGGCCGCAGGUGGACCCGGAGACCGGAGGCCGGAGGCACUGAUCUUGGCUCUGCAGUUUCGAACUCGCCCGCUUCAGAGUCGCGCCCGGCUGGUUGGCGGCGCGGAAUGGCGCCUGGCCUGCUGUUGCAGGGACCUCGGCUCGGUUGUCCCGGCCUGACCGAGCAGCGGUCAGAACUCACCUCUCCUUUGUCUCUAGCCUGUAGCUCAGCCCCUUUCCAGGAGCCCGGCUGCUGAUCGCUGGUACCCAGUCCAAACCCACCCCCUCCUCCAGUUUGUCUUCCUGGGAAUCAGGUUCUGAAACCUGUUGCAGAUUCUCCCACCCACGCUUUCUAGAUCUUUGACAGUGGCUUUUUAACUCCUCUUACCCCCGCCUGAGCGUCUGCUAGUCCUGGGGGAAGGGGAGUUUCAAAGUUGUAAUACAAAAUAGAUUUGUUAGUACUCAGAGAGGAGGAGGAAUUACCUCCUUUCGGAAGAUUAAUAAAAACUUAGAGGAGAGGGCAUAGUUACUUGUAUUGAACCUUUAAAGGUCAGAAGACAGACCAGUGGCUAUUGAAGGGGGAGUUGGAGGUUCUCCGACAAAGUUGACUGAUAUCUUGAGAGAUAAUCAGUGAGAGAACUGGACCUGACACAGUGCAAAGGGAAGGCGGAUGGAGUUGCUGACUGCAGUCCUAAACAAAGCAUCUGUGAUUUCUCAUCUACUGGGCAGCCACUGGCAGGCGCCAUUCAGUUGACACCUGGGACUUGCUGCGUAUCACCUGUCUAGCACUAUUGCCUCACAGAGAUGUGGUAUGGUGUGUUCCUGUGGGCACUGGUGUCCUCCCUCUUCUUUCAUGUCCCUGCUGGAUUAUUGGCCCUCUUCACCCUCAGACAUCACAAAUAUGGUAGGUUCAUGUCUGUAAGCAUCCUGUUGAUGGGCAUCGUGGGACCAAUUACUGCUGGAAUCUUGACAAGUGCAGCAAUUGCUGGAGUUUACCGAGCAGCAGGGAAGGAGAUGAUACCAUUUGAAGCCUUGACUUUGGGCACUGGACAGACAUUCUGUGUAGUGGUGGUCUCCUUUUUACGGAUUUUAGCUACUCUAUAGCACACACCCUUAUGCUGUGAUAUCCAACCCACAUUUUCUAGAAUCCUCAGAAUACAUGAUGGAGGGUAGUGUUUUUUAUUUCUUCAAGUGGAAGCAACUUGGUUCAACAGGAAUGUGAAGAACAUUUCAGAUCUUUCUUCAGUUUGAAGCUCAGCAGUUGAAGAUCUUUUUGAACUAUCAUUCUCAACCAAAACAAGUUUCUUGGCCUUCUUUUUUGUAGAUUAAGUUUUACACACAUACCUUUACCUAAGACAGGCCAGCUGUGCCUUUGGGUUGGCCUCCCUUACACUGGAAUAUCCCUUACUAAAUUUGGUGAGAAAAUACAUAUUUCGUGAAUGUUGUAUAUUUCACAGAAACUGGGCAAUAUAGGUGUAUUUCACAUGAACAGUAUGCUGCAUUAAAAUCUUAGUUAAUCUAAUCUUGAUUAAAAUUUGGCAAACUCUUCUUUCACUGUAUCUUCAUGACAGUAAAGCCAACUAAGUUUUGGCUGAGUAUAGCUUUGAUAGCAAAUUUGGUGAAAUAUAGUAGGAAAUAAAUUGAAGUAUAACUUAAGUAGUGGCUUUGGUUCCACUGUUAAAAUAGAUAACUGGUGAGAAUGUGACAUUUUAUGUAUUAUUAUCUUGACCUGAUUUUUUAAUAUUUUGAGAGAUGUGAGUUGGGUUUUUUUAUUUGAUCAAAAGAAGCUAGCUAAUUGACUUUGACUUUUUUUUUUUUUUUUUUUU